AUCAAGUGAUGUGUAGGCAGUGUUGCAGUAUUUGCACAAACACAACAAAUUAUUAGGAAUAGGUACUUGUGAUUCGUUCUCCUAUCCAUGCAAGCGAAACAUCGGAUGCGCGGAUUCCGGGUCAAUUUUGAGCGAGUGGAGGGGCGACGAUAGCGCUAUGGACCUCGAUGAAUGUUGUGGAAAUGCGUGUCUUGUCUGCUUGCUGUGUAUGUACUGUGUGUAUGCUAGGGAAUGAUCGAACUGGCGCAGUGCACCCCGAGGUGAGUGAGGAGACCAGCGGGCAGGGGUAAGUCCUCAUCCUGCCACAUCCUUCUGUUGACGCUAAUUCACCACCCACCUCAUCUAACCAUACGUCUCUCAGGUUUCAUCAUCUCCCCCAAGGUCUUUGCAGCCGGCUCCAACCCCGAGUCGCGGGGGCGCGACUCAAAGAAGAUGGUUAUGAAAAUGUAACGCUGGCGCGUUUCAUUUUCCCUCCCCAAACCAACCCGUUCCCAAAUUCAUCCAUCAUAACAGCAGCGCGCCGGCGACCAGAAACCGCUGACCCGCCGACCAUCUGGCCGACACCGGACGGCAGGACAAACACGGAUCCGAGACCGCGCCGCCAAAUGCUAUUAUCCGGCGGCCCUUACAGAGCCGUCUCACCGCCGCCGACCGUGGGAAGGGUCCAGCAAUGGGUCCCAACCCCGGUCAAGGGGGGCCGGGGGGACGGAUGGACAAAGGCACGCAGCCUCCUACGCGCGGCGAACGGACACCGUCAGCCUGGGAAACAGGACACGACAGCGCCGCUGCGGCAGCGGGAGGCCGGGGCGCCCGGGACCAAAUUGACCACCGGUAUCACACUUCAAAGGCAAUUUCUUCAAAACACGGCUCGAAAUAGCACAUUUCCAGGAUGUGCCGAGACUGGCGCCGACAAUCAGCAUCGUGAAACUGGGACAGCCGACGGAGUAACAAUAUCCAAAUUCCAGCAUGGCACGGCACAUCCGCAUUCCCGGGCCCAUCUUCCCACGCUGGCAAACCUGGCCGGCGUGGCAAAUCUGCCGGCAUCGCCAGGGGCAGAAGAUUCAAAUUCACCUAUCGGCGCCAGAAUAUUUGAACGGAGGAGGAGCACCCAGAGAGGAUAGCAGUCACCAUGGAAACGGCACGCCGGAGGCUGCACAGCGGAAAAACGCAUACGUUUCGGCCCAACAUUAACGUUAAAUUUAAUAGAAAUCUCACCCUUUCGGCAACCAGACUCAGCAGAAAAUACAGAAGACUGGUUAGGCAGAGAGAAGACAUGGAAAAUUGGCCCUUACUGGAAAUUCAGAGAGCAGCAGAACUAGGAAGAAACAGGCGGAGCGAAGACGGCAAAUCCAGAGACAGCCCGAGGCAGAUGGAGCUCCAGCAAAACUUUUAGGAUUUUGGAGGACGGGGAGUUCAGUUCUGGAAGGAGGACGCUGGGCAGCAGUGGAGUUCGGUUCUGGGGGCAGUUCAGCUCGGUUGGAGUGGAGACAGGUGGACGCGGUCGGAGCAGACAGGAUGGAGGAGAUAGUUCGAGGACAUUGAGCUGGAGUGGAGAGGAGAGCUCGGGAGGAGGAGGUGGCGGCUGCAGUCCCGGAGGAGAUGGGAGGACUACGCUGGAGGACCCUGCGCCGCUCUGCCGCCCGCUCGCCGUCCCUUCGCCGCUCUGCCGCCCGCCCGCCGCCUACCGCCGCCCGCAUAUCGCCGUUGCCAGUAAACAAGUAAGCCGAGUGGCGGCCAUGCUGGCCUCUGUGACCCGCUCUCUGCAGCUGGUGAGGCUGGGCCAGAGGGCGCUGCCCGGCGCCGCGCAGCCCCUCCGACACAUCAGCAAGGACAUCCGCGUGCCGGAUCCGGGCGUGGGUGUACAGUACCGGUACCGGGUACAGCUGCCCGAGAAAUACACCAUCAAACGGCUGCCCAUCCAGAAACUGGCUGGCCGGGACCCCGAGACAGGCCGGGUGGUGGUCGGCACGCUGGGCGGCGGCAGUAAGCAGAAGUACCGCUGGGUGGACCCGGAGCGGCCGCCGCUCAGCGACGGCUCGCCGCGCCGCGAGCGCGUCCUCCAGCUGGUGUACGACGCGCUGCGCACGUGCACCGUGGCGCUCGUGGCGCACGGCGAGCACGUGCGCUACGUGAUAGCCCACGAGGGUAUGAAGGUGGGGGACAUCAUCACCACCUACGGCGACAUCCCGCGCAUCCCCGUGCGGCCGGCAGUCGGCGACGCCCACCCGCUGGGCGCCCUGCCCGCCGGCACAGAGGUCUUCAACAUCCAAAAGUACCUCGGAGAAAAGGACAGGAUCUGUAUAAACGGCGGCACCUACUGCACCGUGCUGAGGAGGGUCGGGGACCGGGUCAUCGUCAUCUCGCCAUCCAAGCGGCAGUUCUCGCUGCGCCAGGAGUGCACCUGUGUCGUAGGCCGGGUUAGCAUGCGCUUCCCCAGUAUCCGACCGAUCGGCUCGGCGCAGCGACUCCGCUGGCUCGGCUACCGGCCCCGCUCCGGACUCUGGCAGCGCAAGACGGGCCGGUUCGGCCGCAAGCUGCGCCGGCCGCCGCCGGUGCGCGAGUUUAGCGUGCCGCCGGCGCCGCCGCCCGAGGUGAUGACACUCAGUCUGCACGACGUGCACGUGCACAACCCGAGCAGCCAGAGCCAGCUGGUGAAAACGUUCCGCGGCAGGAGCAACUAGCGCGGUCGGUGGACCUCGGCCUGACAGGAGGUACGGACGGGGGUGGCCUGAACGGACGCUGGUGCUGAGAGGGGAAACGAGUAAAUGAAAGUGAAAUAGUGCGUGAGUGAUCAAUGAACUGGUACCGGGGUGUACUUGGGCUUGAGAGAGGAGCGAAACACGAGAGAAGUGUUUUGCGAGUCCGAUCGAUGCAGUAGAGGCUGCACCGAGUAGCUGUAACUUGUAUGAACUAUGGUAUUCGCUGCAGCAGUGAAAUACAAACAACACAUGCUCAAAAUUA